UCCCUCGGGAGGAUUCAGAUCAAAGUGCCGGGAGGAAGCCCGCCCUGCCAAGAGCUGUGUCAGGAACUUGCUCAUCCGGCUCCACUCAGCUGUGGAAGAUCGCUUCUUCUGUCAAUCAGUCCACAAGGGGCGGGACCUGACGCCGUAUCCAGUCAGGGCCGUGGGGCGGGUUCGUGGGAACUGUCAAUCAGUCGCGCUGCCCAGAGGAGUGUGUGGUUGAAAAAGCCCGCGGCGUCUCCUCCACCCACCUGCGCUGGGCGCUCGGUGCUCGGCUCUGUAGCUAAGAGACGACCUGGAAGUUCUGUGGCAGCCUUUGUCCCGCGGGAACCCGCAUUGGCAGCGGGAGCCGUCCGGAGGACCUGGGACACCGCGGAAGUCGGGAAAUGGCCUCAGUGGCUUUAGAGGAUGUGGCUGUGAACUUCACCCGAGAAGAGUGGGCUUUGCUGGGUCCUUGUCAGAAGAAUCUCUACAAAGAUGUGAUGCAGGAAACCAUCAGGAACCUGGAUUGUGUAGGAAUGAAAUGGAAAGACCAGAACAUUGAAGAUCAAUACAGAUAUCCCAGGAAAAAUCUAAGAUGUCGUGUGUUAGAGAGAUUUGUUGAAAGUAAAGGUGGAAGUCAAUGUGGAGAAACAUCUAGCCAGAUUCAAGAUAGUAUUGUGACCAAGAACACUCUUCCUGGAGUAGGUCCGUAUGAAAGCAGUAUGAGAGGAGAAAUCACCAUGGGUCAUUCAUCCCUUAAUUGUUAUAUCAGAGUUGGUGCUGGGCACAAACCACAUGAGUAUCAUGAAUGUGGAGAGAAGCCAGAUACGCAUAAACAACGUGGGAAAGCCUUCAGUUACCACAACUCACUUCAAACACAUGAGAGGCUUCACACUGGAAAGAAACCAUAUGAUUGUAAAGAAUGUGGGAAGUCCUUCAGUUCUUUGGGAAACCUUCAAAGACACAUGGCAGUGCAGCGUGGAGAUGGACCUUAUAAAUGUAAGUUGUGUGGGAAAGCGUUUUUUUGGCCCAGUUUAUUACAUAUGCAUGAAAGAACGCACACUGGAGAGAAACCAUAUGAAUGUAAGCAGUGUUCUAAAGCCUUUUCUUUUUACAGUUCCUAUCUAAGACAUGAAAGAACACAUACUGGGGAGAAACCGUAUGAAUGUAAGCAGUGUUCUAAAGCCUUCCCUGAUUACAGUUCUUGUCUAAGACAUGAAAGAACUCACACUGGAAAGAAACCCUAUACAUGUAAACAAUGUGGGAAAGCCUUCAGUGCUUCCACUUCCCUUCGAAGACACGAAACAACUCACACUGACGAGAAACCCUAUGCAUGUCAGCAAUGUGGGAAAGCGUUUCAUCAUCUGGGAAGCUUUCAAAGACACAUGGUAAUGCACACGAGAGAUGGACCUCAUAAAUGUAAGAUAUGUGGAAAAGGCUUUGAUUGUCCUAGUUCACUGCAAAGUCAUGAAAGAACUCACACUGGAGAGAAACUCUAUGAAUGCAAGCAGUGUGGGAAAGCGUUAUCUCAUAGCUCAAGCUUUCGAAGACACAUGACAAUGCACACUGGAGAUGGACCUCACAAAUGCAAGAUAUGUGGGAAAGCCUUUGUUUAUCCCAGUGUAUUUCAAAGACAUGAAAAGACUCACACUGCAGAGAAACCCUAUAAAUGUAAACAAUGUGGCAAAGCCUACCGUAUUUCCAGUUCUCUUCGAAGGCAUGAAACAACUCAUACUGGAGAGAAACCCUAUAAAUGCAAAUGUGGGAAAGCCUUUAUUGAUUUCUAUUCCUUUCAAAAUCACAAAACAACUCAUGCUGGAGAGAAGCCAUAUGAGUGUAAGGAAUGUGGGAAAGCAUUCAGUUGUUUCCAAUACCUUUCUCAACAUAGAAGGACUCACACAGGAGAGAAACCUUAUGAGUGUAAAACAUGUAGGAAAGCCUUCAGUCAUUUUGGUAACUUAAAAGUACAUGAAAGAAUUCACUCUGGAGAGAAGCCGUAUGAAUGUAAGGAAUGUGGGAAAGCAUUCUCUUGGCUCACUUGCUUUCUACGACAUGGAAGAAUUCACAUGAGAGAGAAACCCUAUGAAUGUCAACAAUGUGGUAAAGCCUUCACUCAUUCCCGUUUUCUUCAAGGACAUGAAAAAACUCAUACUGGAGAGAACCCAUAUGAAUGUAAGGAAUGUGGGAAAGCAUUUGCUUCUCUCAGUUCCUUGCAUAGACAUAAAAAGACACACUAGCAUUCUCUCUAAAUUUAUGGAAUGUGGGAAAGCAUUUAUUAAUUUUAUUUCAUUUCAGAAACUUGUAUGAAACACAUUGGAGAUAGACCCUGUGAAUGUAAGCACUUGGUAAAGCCUUAAGUAGUUUCAGUUUGUUUCCAGUACAGUCAUCCCUUGAUACCUGCUGGGUAUUGGUUCCAGCACUCCGUGAGCCAUGUCAAGUCCCUUUUAUAAAAUGACAUAUUUGUAUGUAACUUACCCACAUCCUCUUGUAUACUCUCAAUUAUGUCUAGAUUACUUAAAAUACCUCAUGCAUUGUAAAAGCUUUGCAAAUAGUUGUUCUAUUGUAUUGUUUAGGGACUCAUGAUAAGGAAAAGAGUCUAUGUAUUUUCAGUAUAGAUGCAGUAAUCGUGAGCCUAUCAACAUAGUGUAGUCAGCCAGAACAUUGAAGUUUCUUUGCUUCAACUCUCACAUAUUGCUUUUGUUUAAUGUGUUAACACUUACCAAAACCCUGGGUCUUCUCUCUUGAUAACCCAAGUAUAGUGAUUAUAACGAUGACGAUUCUGUGGCGCCCAAUGUUUUGAUGUGUUGAGAUGACUAGAUGUAUGGCAUUGUGGGUAAGUAGUGAGACAUCAGGUUAACUUGAAUCUUGACAGGCCAUCAGGACUAUCAUCUAUGUUGGAAGAACCAACUUGUGAUUAUAGACGUGGACUCAUUUGAGGAGGCUAUGUAAUACUAAUGUUAGGAUCUGUUUGGCUUGAGGGCUGAAGAUCUGUAACCAUUGAAUGUUCCAUCUUCUUUGCAGAUGCUUAGCUAUAGGAAGCUAGUUGUUUUCCUUUGCUUCAUUAAAAAAAAAAUCUUGCAGUGUU